AUGUCUGAUGGACCAAAUGGCGUCCGAGGCACUCGUUUCUUCAACGGAGUUCCCGCGGCAUGUCUACCCUGCGCCACAGCUCUAGGGGCUUCGUUCGAUACCGAGCUUAUCUUCUCUCUUGGGAAGCUUUUGGGACUGGAAUGCAAAGCGAAAGGGGCGCAUGUGCUCCUAGGCCCAACUAUCAAUAUCCAACGAAGUCCGCUGGGAGGACGGGGGUUUGAAUCAUUUUCGGAGGACCCUGUCCUUUCGGGCUCUUUGGCUGCCGCUUAUUGCUUGGGUGUGCAGAGCGAGGAUGUCAUUCCGACCCCGAAACACCUUGUGUGCAAUGACCAGGAGCAUGAGCGUGUGGCUGUGAGCUCGCUCGUCACUGAGCGAGCUCUUCGCGAAAUCUAUCUACUUCCGUUUCAGCUAGCUAUUGCUGGUGCCAACCCCGGGGCCCUCAUGACCUCCUACAAUAAGGUCAAUGGAUGCCAUGCCAGCGAGAGCCCGGAUUUACUUCAAGAUGUUGUUCGAACAGACUGGAACUACAAAGGGCUAAUAAUGAGCGACUGGUUUGGAACAUACAGUGUGUCGGAGGCCGUGAAUGCCGGCUUGGAUCUUGAAAUGCCAGGUCCAACCCGCUUUCGAGGCCCGGGACUGGUUCAUGCCGUCACCUCGAACAAAGUCUCCGAGAGGACGAUCAAUAACCGAGUCCGCGCGGUGCUCGAGAUGGUCAAACUAGCAGCUAGGUCAGGAAUUCCGGAAGCCUCGCCCGAAACCCAACGGGAUCUUCCUGAAGACAGAACAUUGCUUCGCAGAGCCGCCGCCGAGUCGAUUGUCCUUCUGAAAAACGACGAUCAAGUUCUUCCUCUGGACCCGAAGAAAAGGACACUUGUGAUGGGGCCAAAUGCAAAGAUCGCAGUCUACUGUGGCGGAGGCUCGGCGGCUCUCCCGGCAUACUAUGCGGUGACGCCGUUGGAGGGGAUCACAGAAUGCUGCACCGGAGGUGUAGAUUUCACGCAGGGAGCAUACGGCCACAAAGAGCUCCCACUUCUGGGACAACAGUUAAAGACCGAAGACGGCCACCCUGGUUAUAUAUUUCGAGUGUUCACUGAGCCUUCCAGCAACAAGGACCGACAAGCAGUCGACGUGUUGCAUAUGACCAAUAGCUCUGUGUUUUUGAUGGACUACAAGCAUCCGAAAGUCCACUCAGACCUUUAUUACAUCACCAUGGAGGGUAUAUUUGAGCCUACGGAGAGUGGCAUCUACGAUUUUGGGCUCACAGUAGCCGGAACUGGAGAACUUUUCAUUGAUGGAGAGCUCGUGGUCGACAACAAGACCAAGCAGCGGCAGGGUACAUCUUUUUUCGGAAUUGGGACACCAGAAGAGCGUGGCUCCAUAUAUCUCGAGGCCAAUCAGCGGUACAAAGUCUUCGUUGAUUAUGGCACUGCGCCGACUUCCAACAUGAAGUUACACGGAGUAGUCUCUUUCGGACCGGGAGGAUUGCGCGUGGGAGCAUGUCGACAGAUGGACACUGAACAAGCCAUUCAAGAGGCCGUUGACCUUGCAAAGACGGUUGACCAGGUAGUGAUAGUUGCCGGACUCAGUGGUGAAUGGGAGAGCGAAGGAUUUGACCGACCACACAUGGACCUCCCGCCAAUGUCCGAUCAACUGAUUGACAGGGUUCUCGCCGUCCAGCCAAACGUGGUGGUGGUGGUGCAAAGUGGUACGCCCGUGGCAAUGCCAUGGGCUCGACGGACGAAAGCUUUGCUUCACGCUUGGUACGGCGGGAAUGAAGUCGGGAAUGGCAUUGCGGAUGUCAUCUUUGGGAACUGCGGAAAACUACCUGUCACUUUCCCAGAGUGCAUCGAGCAGAAUCCCGCAUACUUGACGUAUCGCUCCGAACGAGGAAGGGUGCUAUACGGCGAGGACAUCUACGUUGGCUACCGCUAUUACGAAAAGACGAAGGUGCAGCCUCUCUUCCCUUUCGGAUACGGACUGUCCUAUACGUCCUUCCGUCUCUCGGGGCUUUCCAUCUCCCAGCCAUUGGAAAAACUCGACAGAAUCAAGGAGGAAGUCAUUGAGGUCUCAGUUUCAGUAGAAAACAUUGGAUCCUGCAGUGGUGCAGAGGUCGUUCAGGUAUAUGUUUCUCCGCCUCCAAGUUCCAGUGUCGGGCGUCCUGUGAGAGAGCUCAAGGGCUUCAAGAAAGUUACACUGCAGCCUGGUGCGACGCAGGAGAUUCUGAUAUCCAUCCCCGUCGGUCUGACGACAAGUUUCUGGGACGAGAGCCUUUCAGCCUGGCUCAGUGAAGCUGGUGGAUAUACAGUCACCGUUGUCGGAACUGGGAAGCACAACUCUCUCUCUGCUGAGCUCAAAAUUGCCCACACAAGGGAAUGGAGUGGCUUGCUUGGACCUGCGAUACAGAGCCCAUCUUUGCAUGUUAACGGCACUCACAAGGCGGAUGCCAAAUGUGUUUCAAGCAGUUAG